AUGGCGGAGGCAUCUACGGGGGAGCGCCCCCUCGUCCUUGCCGCCGCCGCCACUGAACCGAGGAAACCAAAGCCUGCUCCGAGGCGAUUCGUGAAGUCUCAGAUUCCAGAGUCGAUUCUCAACGACCCCGCGCUCAACUCCGCCAUCUCCCUCCUCCCUUCGAACUACAACUUCGAGGUCCACAAGUGCGUCCAUCGCGUCCGCUCCUCCUCGGCCCGCCGCGUUGCCCUCCAGUUCCCCGACGGGCUGCUCAUGUACUCCCUCCCUCUGGCGGACAUCCUCCGCUCCUUCGCCGGCGCCGACGAGGUCGUCGUCCUCGCGGAGCCCACCUACGGCGCCUGCUGCAUCGACGACCUCGCCGCCGCCGCCCUCAGCGUGGACCUCCUGAUCCACUACGGCCACAGCUGCCUCGUCCCGGUCAGUUUCUCCAAGGUUCCCACCCUCUACGUCUUCGUCGACAUCAAGGUCGACGUUGCUCGCCUCGUGGAGGUCGUCAGGUCCAACUUCGAGCCCUCGACGAGGCUGGUUCUCGCCGGGACCGUGCAAUUCAACUCCGCCGUCCACUCUGCGAGAGUAUCGCUCUUGGAGGAGCACGGUUACCAGGUCUUGGUGCCGCAGGCUAAACCCCUGUCAGCCGGGGAGGUCCUCGGAUGCACUGCUCCGACGGUGGGCAGGAGCAAUGGCGGAGCGGAAGCCCUCGUCUUCGUCGCAGACGGCCGAUUCCAUCUCGAGGCCUUCAUGAUAGCCAAUCCAGAGAUCAAGGCCUUUCGCUACGACCCCUAUGUCGGGGUUCUUUUCCUGGAAGAGUACGAUCACGCGGGGAUGAAGGCGGCGAGGAAGCAGGCGAUUAUGGCGGCCCAGAAGGCGAGGAGAUGGGGCGUGGUCUUGGGGACCCUGGGGAGGCAGGGGAGCACUAGGGUUUUGAACCGGAUCUUGGGGCGGAUGGAGGAGAAGGGGAUGGAUUACACGGUGGUGCUGAUGUCUGAGUUGUCUCCGGCGAGGAUUGAGCUGUUCGGAGACUCAGUGGACGCCUGGGUGCAGAUCGCUUGCCCUCGGUUGUCGAUAGAUUGGGGGGAGGCCUUCAAGAAGCCUCUUCUGACGACUUUCGAGUUGGAGAUCGCCAUGGGCUUCCUCCCAGGUUGGUGGGAGAACAGGAGGCCGCCGGCGGCACAGGGCUCUAGUCCCUGUGGCGCCACGAGGAAGGAGGAGAAUGGAUCGGCCAGCUGCGGCGAUGGUUCAUGCGGUCCCAGCGGCAAGUCCGUGGAGGCAGAGGAAAAAGAAGGCCACUAUCCCAUGGAUUAUUACGCCCAAGAUGGAGGAGACUGGAACGGCUCAUACGCCAAGCACAGGACCCCAGCUGACGGUAGAAUGCCUUCUCAGUCUCCCGAAGGUAAACCGGAUCUUCCUCCACCAUGA